UUUAUGACCACUAUGGUAAAUGGCAGACAUGCAUCAUUUGGGGCGUGCCUCCCACACUUAACUGUCACACUGUUCUGGGAUGGUUGUCACGCAGAUGACCGGGUUCGAUUCCCCACAUGGAUACAAUGUGUGAAGCCCAUUCCUGGUGUCCCCAGCCGUGAUGUUGCUGGAAUAUUGCUAAAAGUAGCCUAAAACCAUCAUCACCCUCUCACUUGUAUACUGUUCCAAGAUGCAUUGAAAACCCAACUCAUCCAUUCCUUACUACACCUAUCAGUUCUCUGACAUUAUUGAGAUCAGAGAAGUGAGCUGUUAAAUAUUUCGACAUUUAAUUUUGACAUCAUUAUUAGAUAUUCUUAGACUCAUUCAGAUUUUAACCGUGGUAUUUGACAUAUGAUUUGUAGAAUUAAGAAAAGUUUAAUAAAGAGAUAUCAAGUAUGUUACUUCUAGUUUCAACGUGUCCGAAUUGGAUAAAAUCAGCUACUGAUACGGUCAGUGGAUAAAUCAACACUUAACCAUUGUGACAUCAAUAUCGAAUAUGCUAUCGAGACAGAUGAAGCCAAACAUGUCUGUUUAUUUGAUGUUAUUGUGUUGCCAUGGUGCUUUUGCUUAUUUAUUGUUUUAUUAUUUAAUUAUAUUUGUGGUUACAUGAUUUAUGCUCCUUUCACUGAAUUUAUUUGUAUACCGUGGUAUAUAUAUGGUGUGUCUUCCGUGUUAACACCUUGCAGUGCAUGCUCAGGUCGCUAAGUUCACAUUUAUUUAUGCUAUACAUGUUUAUUACAUAUAUUUCAUCACAUUUAUUAUGAGUAUCAUUUAUGUAUUUUAUUUACUAGAUUUUAUCAGCAUCCUGUGAGAAAAUUAAUCUGAGAAUAUUUUUUUGCCGUUCCUAGGAUAUCUGAGGCACAACCCUUUAACCAUUUUUUUCUACCUUUUUUUUCAUUUAUCCAUAAUGGAUUUCCAAGAAGUGUGUGGUCGUAAUUCAGCUGAGAAGAAUGGAUUUCGAAGGAUGUUCCGAAGACUACUCGGGCAAUGUGGUGGAUUCCAAGACCAACCUAAUCAUCAACUACCUCCCCCAAACCCUCACAGAUGAAGAGUUCAGGUCAAUGUUCCUCAGUAUUGGCCCAGUCAAGAUGGCCAAGAUAGUCCGAGACAAGAAGACAGGGUACAGCUAUGGCUUCGGUUUUGUUGACUAUGAUAACGAGAAUGAUGCAGAAAGAGCCAUCACGACCUUGAAUGGUCUUCAGAUGCAGCACAAGAGGAUAAAGGUGGCAUAUUCACGGAAGGGAGACUCUGGGGAAACGGUAAAGGGAGCUAACUUGUACAUACGUAGCAUUCCCUUGUACUGGGGUGAGAACGAACUAAACAACUAUUUCAGCCCCUAUGGUGAUAUUGUACAAAGUCGAGUCCUUGUAGAUUUGAACACAGGAAUCUCCAAAAGGGUUGGCUUUGUCCUUUACAGCAAGAGGUCAGAGGCAGAAACUGCCAUUGAGUACCUGAACGGUAAGGCCCCGCCCGAUUCACCAGACAACCUGCUUAUCAAGUUUGCGGACGAUAGUUCCAAGAAGGUCAAGGCCCCUCCGAUGCCCCCACCUCCUCCACCGUUCCAAGGGAUGGGCUUCAAACCUCGCUUCAAUUCACCAGGACCAAUGAGGAACCAGAGAAACCGAGCCCACUUCAACCCGAUGGGCAGCCAGAACGGUAAUGGUAGUAACUACAGUGGUGGACAACAUUCGCAGUACCAUGGUCAAGGUCAGGACGAUGCGCAAGACGGACAUGUUCUGUUUAUUUACAACAUCGGCACGGAGGCCGAUGACAGAGUGCUGUGGGAGCUGUUCGGUCCAUGUGGAACGGUAAGCAAGGUUACCGUCAUGAUGGAUCAGGCUAAAGGUGUAAGUAAAGGCUUUGGCUUUGUCACCAUGCCUAAUUACCAGGAGGCAGAAUACGCCAUUAGGGUCCGUAAUGGCAUGUGGUAUAAUGGCAAGCAGUUGCAGGUAUCCUUCAAAAAAUAAUUUGCAGUUCGUAUUCAGUUACAUUUUAACUGAGAAACCACAGAACUGAACAUGAUUGGUAAAUGUUAUACAAACAUUGUUGACACUGGUUGAGACAGAUUCAAAGAUGAAGCUUAAGGAUUGCUUGGUUUUAUUAGGAGUGUCAGUUGAUGUGGUUUUCUGCUUAAUUGUUUGUAUUGAGGUACUGGGCAUUUCUGAUGACCGACUUGAAUUGAUAAAACUAACCAUUGACGUAAGUCCAAUUUUCUUACACCAAGUUGUCAUGGUUAUACGCCAAGCGAAAAACAAAUAUGAUCAAAUUUAAUGAAUGUCUGUUGUCAGGGGAAUAGUUUUCUAACUGUGACAUCAGUGCAUAGUAAUCUUGUUAGGGCUGGCUAGCGAUAUGAAUAAUAGAGUUAAGUAAUCGUUAAUUACAUAUUGAUCGAUUAUCGAUAAAUAUCGGAGACUUGAUUUGAAGCAAAAAUGCCAAAUAUGUCUGAAAGUAAUGAACAUAUUUCACGUCAAUGGUGAGUGAUGACAUGUUUUUGCAUAGAUUAUUAACUAAACACCGCCAGGGACAAAAUUUAGAAGCAUACAAUGAAUAAAGUCCUAAAUUUGUAUAUUGUGUGAGAAAAUUUAAAAAAAUUCCAUCACCAAAGGUGAUAUGUGAAAUUAUCAUUAACACAAUUUUCAUAUUGAUAAUCAUUAAUAAUCUUUCCUAUCAACGAUAUUUCCGAUUAUCGAUCAUUUUAGCCAGCCCUAAAUCUUGUUAUGUCAUCAGUGGAAUACCACUUCACAUAAGACAUAAAACAUAACUGGGCACCUGUUAUCCAUUUCUUCAAUAAUGGCACACUUACGUUCAUUAAUAUUUCGUACAACAUUCAGAUAUUGUGAUACCGGAUGUCCUGAAUAGUGACGGUAAUAUUCCAACAAAUCAUGUUGACUGUUCAUACUCCUCAUAGUUUAGUCACAACUUAACAGGUGAAGGUUGAUUCAGUAAUUACCAUGGUAACACUCACUAACCUUGCCAAAAUAUGCAUACUGACAGGAUUUUGAUAAGUUGAUGCAGAAAGAUAACUUCUUGUGUUAAAUGUUAAUUUUUGUGCUCUCAUUUCUUUAACGCUUUUGAGGAUUAUAUGUCAUUUACCCAGAAGCCAUUGUCAUGGAUAACUUUUUGAGCAUUUUUCAAAUGUAGUUACUUUAAAUGAGUUCUCAGAAUCAAAUUGCUUUCAUGACCGUGCAAACUUUUGUGCAGAGAUAUGAGAUGCUCUCAUUAAAGUUAUUUUUGUGAA